CGUUGAUAAUAGAAGGCCAGAGAAGCUCUGAAGCCGCUGUCUCGCCACCGGCAAAACAACUCCGGCGACAGAUUUCCGGCGCUGAACCACCCUGACCCUAAUUGCGGGGAACAACGAAGCGAGAAUGGCGUCACUGACUUUGCCGUCUUCUUCACAAGCGUCGUCGUUUCUGUCUUCAUCUUCUUCGUCUCUCUUCGCCCGCUGCGCCCUCAGCCGCCUAAGCUUGGGCUUUAACGAGUCUCGUUCUCGUAUCUGCGCUGCAAACUGCAUCAAAUGUGACAUGCCUGAUUCGUUGGGUUUCGGAAAUGGGAAUCCAACCAUUCCAGUCCUUAAUGAAACGACACUGCCUAAGUUCUUGGAAUCAGCUCAAAUGAAGAAAAAUGUUAACAGGAAUGGCGCCAAGCUGAAAUUGUUCUCUGGCACAGCAAAUUCUGCACUUUCUCAGGAAAUUGCUUGGAACAUGGGCCUGGAGCUGGGAAAGAUCAACAUAAAGCGAUUUGCUGAUGGGGAAAUUUAUGUUCAGCUGCAAGAGAGUGUUAGAGGAUGUGAUGUAUUUUUAGUGCAGCCCACCUGCCCUGCAGCAAAUGAGAAUCUCAUGGAGCUUCUCAUCAUGAUAGAUGCUUGUCGGAGAGCAUCAGCCAAAAACAUCACUGCUGUCAUUCCAUACUUCGGAUAUGCCAGAGCUGAUAGAAAGACGCAAGGACGGGAAUCCAUAGCAGCCAAACUUGUUGCAAAUCUUAUCACAGAAGCUGGUGCUAACCGUGUUCUGGCUUGUGAUCUCCAUUCUGGGCAGUCCAUGGGUUACUUCGAUAUUCCAGUUGACCAUGUUUAUUGUCAGUCUGUGAUUCUUGAUUAUCUUGCUGGCAAGAGAAUCAGUUCUAGUGACUUGGUGGUGGUUUCACCUGAUGUUGGUGGAGUUGCUAGGGCCCGUGCCUUUGCAAAGAAAUUAUCUGAUGCACCUUUAGCCAUUGUGGACAAAAGGCGUCAAGGACACAAUGUUGCUGAGGUGAUGAACCUUAUUGGUGAUGUAAAGGGAAAGGUUGCUGUCAUGGUGGAUGACAUGAUUGACACAGCUGGGACAAUUGUGAAAGGAGCAGCACUUUUACACCAAGAAGGGGCGAAAGAAGUUUAUGCAUGCUGCACUCACGCAGUUUUUAGCCCUCCAGCAAUAGAGAGGUUAUCAGGUGGCCUUUUCCAGGAAGUGAUCAUUACAAACACAUUACCAGUAUCAGAGAAUAACUAUUUCCCACAGCUGACAGUUCUUUCAGUAGCAAACCUUCUUGGUGAAACCAUAUGGCGUGUUCAUGAUGAUUCUUCUGUAACUAGCAUUUUCCAGUGAAAUCAUAUAGGAAAUUUCAGUAAGCUAUCUGCUUCAAAUCUAACCACAUGCAGUUUUACACCUCAACUGAAGUGGCUGGCUAUAGCUCUGGUUGGUCAUUAGCUUCGAUUCUAAGAAGUUCUACGAUGGGAGUUGUUGGAGGGAUACCGAUAAAUUUUUGUUAUUGAUAAAUUUUUUUUUUUUAAUUAUUCAGCCUUGAUAAUGUGACAUUUUCUUUAUAAUAUAUGAAUGCAUUUCUU